CCCCGAAUCAUAAAUAUUUUUUAAAUUGCUUAUAAAAAAUUACCAAGUUUCAAUAGUGAGUGCAAUUUAUAACAAAAUAUAACUAUUUCCUGUAAUGGCACAAUCAGAGUCCAGAUAACAAUUUUUGUCAAGGCCUCUUUCUUCCUAUGUCAGUCUAGAAAUAUGGUUAAAUAGAGGUAAAAAAAAUAAAUCAGAGCCAAAGUUCAAUAUGUUAAUCUUGAUUCUCUAAGCACAACUACUGAUCCCUGUAAAUUCGUAGAAAACAAAAUCCAUUAUUGGAAUUUUCAUUUUCAUGUUUCCCAGUAAUAGUAAACCAAAUAAUAUUCGUCUCCGUCGUUAAUACACCGUUCGAUUGUAUACAAUACGUAUGUGAUCAAAGUCUACAAUAGUGAUUCAACGAAAUAUUGUAUCUUCGACCCGAAACAACCGUAUUUUAAAGCGAUUUCUACAAUGACCUUGACCAAUUAUGUUUUAUCAAAAAAGGUCGUUUGUACGGUAUUUGAUCCCUUGCGAUGGAUAAACUACUGAAAGGUAUAAUGAAAUAUCGCGCAACAGUUAGGGAAACUAUGGUCCAACAAUUUGUGAAAGUGAAAGAUAAUCCUAAGCCUAAAGCAGUAUUUUUUACGUGUAUUGACAGUAGAAUGAUUCCUACCAGAUUUACGCAAACAAAUGUUGGUGACAUGUUUAUCGUAAGAAAUGCGGGGAAUCUGGUACCUCAUUCGCAACACUUCGCAGACGAACAAAAUACAAAUGAACCAGCUGCUUUAGAACUCGGAUGUGUAAUAAAUGACAUAAGGCAUAUCAUUGUAUGCGGCCACAGCGACUGCAAAGCAAUGAAUUUAUUGUACCAAUUAAGAAACCCAAAAGAAUCGACACAAGAAAACAGAAGGUUAUCUCCUCUUCGGUCAUGGUUAUGCACACAUGCGCAACCGAGUCUGGCGACAUUAGCAAAAUUGGAAUCUUGCAAGUAUAAAGCACCUCUGAUAUUCCGAGCGGAAACCCCUCUGAGAAAAUUUGUCGCUUAUAUCGAUCCAGAGGAUAGGUUCAAAGUCGAGGACAAGUUAUCGCAGAUAAAUACGCUGCAACAAUUGGAAAAUAUCGCCAGCUAUGGGUUCUUGAAGAGACGAUUAGAGAGAUUUCAAUUACAUAUACACGCCUUGUGGUUUGAUAUUUAUACUGGUGAAAUUUACUACUUUAGUCGAAAUGCCAAACAGUUUGUUGUAUUGGAUGAACACAAUUUCGAGAAAUUAUUUCAGGAAGUGAUAUGUCAUUACACGUAA